GCCCCAGAUGUUAACCCCUUCCUGCCCAGUGCCAUUAGUACAGUUGUCAGUGCUUUUUAUUAGCACUGAUCACUGUAUUGGUGUCACUGGGGAUGUCAGUGACACCAAGUCAGUUCCCCCCAGUGUCAGAAUUCCCACCACAGUCCCUCAGUCCCGCUAUAAGUUGCUGAUCGCCGCCAUUACUAGUAAAAAUAAAAAUUCCAUUAUAUAUACCACCAUUUCUAAACGCUAUAACUUUCACGUAAACCCAUUAAUGUACACGUAUUUGGAUAUU